UUUCUAUCUAUGUUUCAAGUGUUUUACACAUUGUGACUCACACUGUUAGCCUUUCAGUUACCGAAUGGCUGUGAGGGCGGUUUCCAUUCCCGACUCUUAUGCUCGUCGCUCACUGGGACGAAACUAAUGGUACUAGUUCUUCGCCUAUAUGGUUUUACCUAGCGGAUGACUGACGUUGAUGUUAGGCGACAGCUGCACGCUUUGCGGCUGCAUUUCCAAGACAGCAAUGACGACGCAACUCCAGCUACCGGCUUUGGCGCGGUCGUCAAUGCCAUUAGACAUCCGUUUGAAGCAGCAUGGCAAAAGGUUGCGAGGUUAUAUAAAACACGUGUGGAAGCCAAUGAUAGAAGCUGGUGGCUCUUUACUCCCCAGAACCCCCUUCGUAAGGGCUGUCGACUGGUUUCCAGCAACCGUUGGUUCGGUCGGGUUGUCCUUACGCUGGUGCUGGCGAGCUGCGUGGUGAUGGCUUUGGAUGACCCCGGCUGUGUGGACUCUUGCAAGCAGCAGGCGUUGCUUAAUAAGGUGGCCUCCGUGGUCCUCGACAUCUUCUUCCUGGCCUGCUUCACGUUGGAGAUCUGCAUCAAGUCCAUCGCAAACAACUUUGCGUUUGGACCGGGUGCCUACCUCAAGAGCGGGUGGAAUUGGAUCGACCUGCUGGCCACCUCCUCCGGCUACCUGCGCUAUCUGCCGCUAGGGGAGCACGGCGGGGCGACGGGACUGAGGGCGUUGCGGGCGCUGCGGCCGCUGCGGGCGAUGACUGCCAUACCGGGUCUUCGUGCGCUGGUAGAGACGCUGCUCGCCGCAGUGCCGCUGCUGCUGGACGUGAUUUUCUUGCUGACCUGGGUGUUCUUUGUGUUUGGCAUCGUGGCGCUGAACCUCUUCAUGGGCAGGCUGCAGAAGCGCUGCAUGGUGCUUGUGGACCCUGCAGCGGAGGCGGGCAUGCCGCCGUCAGACGGGCCCUCCUCGCCGCCAGCAGCAGCAGCGGCGGCGGCUGAGUUGUUGGGUGGAGGAGGGCCACCGUUACCGAUGCCGCUAGGACUGCCACAGCCGCCGUUGGGCGGAAGCUUUGAUGUGUUUGGUAACGGCAGCAGCGGCGGGGAUGGCGGCAAUGCGACGCUGGUUUGGCAGUUUGUGGAUGGGUUGGACAACACGCCCUGUACGACUGGGGGCGCGGGGCUGUUCAAGUGCCCUGAUGGCUCCACCUGUGUUGACAUCAACACCAACCCCAACUUCGGCUACACCUCCUUUGACAACUUUGGUUCCGCCUCCUUUUGCAUCUUCCAAAUGCUCACGCUGGAUUCCUGGACGUCUACUCUGUUGUACCCUCUGAUGAACGCCAUGGGUCCAGCAGUGCCCAUUCCCUUCUUCGGGCUGUUGGUGCUGUUCGGGACCUUUUUCGCGAUGCAGCUGCUGGUGGCGAUUCUGAGCUCCAAGUUUGCGGAGCUCAGUGCGCGGAGGCCCAAGAAGCAGCACCGGCGGCGGAGACGUUACGCGCACACGCCCCCAGACACAUCAGACGAAGAAGAGGAGGACAAGGUGGAAGGCAAUGACCUGGAGUUGGACCUGGGGAGGACGAGGGAGAAGGCGAAGGGCAGUGACGACGGGGAUGAUGGCGAAGGGAGCUGCCAGGUGGCGCGACCCGUAAGGCGACGGCAGCGCGGUCCGCCGUCCCCCGCUACCCGGCUGCGGCGGUGGUGGCGACGCGUGUGGUUCCGCUUCCGCCGGCGCUACCUGCAGGCGUUGCGGCGGAAGGAUCUUUCCUGGUGGCGUGUGAUUUUCUGGGACAUCGCCUACAGCUCCGUGUUCAGCCACCUGGUCAGUAGCCUCAUCCUGGCCAAUGCCAUCACACUGGCGCUGGCGCAUGCGGGCAUGAGCGAGGGGUUCCGGGGGGCGCUGGAUACGGCAAACCUAGUCCUGACGGGCGGGUUCCUCCUGGAGUUCCUAAUCAAGCACCUGGGUGUGGGUCUGGUCGGCUACUGGCUGCGCGACCCCUGGAACCUGCUUGAUGGAGCCAUCGUGGGGUGUUGCGUGGCUGAGCUAGUCCUGAGCUACGGGCCUGCAGGGGCAGGGGCAGAGGCAGCAGGAGGGGUGGAGGGGGGAGGCGGGGUUGGUGCCAACACGCAGGUGAUGCGGACGUUUCGGUUGGUCCGGCUGCUGCGGACGUUCCGGCUGCUGUCAAAGGCGGAGGGGCUGCGGAAGCUGCUGAGGAUGGUGCUCAAGGGUAUCAUAGAUCUGAAGGACUACAUGCUCCUGCUGCUGCUCUGCAUCUUCAUCUUCUCCAUUCUGGGGCUGCAGCAGUUUGGAGGCAACGAGCUGUUCGCGCCGGAGUCGCAGGACGUGGGCUACACCUCCAAUUUCGACACGCUGUGGUCCUCCUUCUACACCGUGUUCCAGCUGCUCACAGGGGACAGCUGGGUGGCCACCAGUUGGAACGCCAUGCGGGCUCGUGGGACCCCCGCCGUCCUCUACUUCAUCGCCUGGAUUAUCAUCGGCAAUUUUGUGCUGAUGACGCUCUUCCUAGCCAUCCUCAUCACCAACUUCCAGGGCGACGAGGAUGUGCCCCCCUCAGAGGAGGAGCCCAGCUCCCUGAACCCUUACGUGCCCGAUGACGCCCACUCCGAAACCGCGUCCGCCCUUGGGGGACCCGCACGUGGCGGCCCCGACAGCGUGCUGGGCGGAGGUGGCGGAGGCGGGGAGGGUGGCGGCAGGGAUGCUCGCAACGCGCUGCAGCUGCGCAUCACCCGACGCACCGACCCGGCAGCAGUGGCCAAGUUAAAGAAGUGGCUGGUGCUGUUGGGUUAUCAUCAUGGAAUGCGGCAUGCGGAGGUGGAGGAGAUUUCCGCCCACAUGGACGAACUGCACCUGCUGAUGCCGGAGGCCUUUGAGCCGGGCGCCCGCAUCCCCGUGCUAGACCUAGACGAGCGAAGCAAGGAGGCCGCGGCGGCGAGGGAGGCCUCCGUGCACCCGCCCGCAGCGGAGGCGGGGACGGCAGGCGAUGCAGCAGCCGCCGAGGGGGGCCCCGCGGAUGCUGGCGCUGCGGCAAGCGCGUUCGGCUUGAAGUUACCCAAUAACGCGCUCAUUCAGUCCAUAGCACGCAUUGUACCUCGGCCUAGCUCCGACGGUCGAGCCUCUGCUGCGACGUCUACUGCCACGGGGACAGAGGGAGGAGGUGUUGGGUUGGGCUGGAGGCGACGCCUGCCCUCGUCCAAUGGCAUAUCUGUGGGGUUUGGCGGUGCGGGGCUGGCUGGGAGGAGCCUGAAGAAGCUGUUUCGGCGCUCAGAGCCUGGGGCGGGAAGUACGAUGGCGGGAGGGGGACAGCCUGGGGAGUCGGAGGGAGGUCAGGUGCUAAUGACGCCGGUGGUGGAGGACGGGCAUGAGGAGCAGGACGGGCGGGGCACCCCGGAGAGCCGAGUGAGUGCGCUGCCCCCCAGCCGUCUGCAGCCCACCCAGCUUCCCCCCCACCGCCACUCCACCUCCUCCGCCACCCGCGGCCGCCUCAGCCGCCAUCGCAGCGCCGUUGUCCGCUCCACCGCCUCCGGCGCCACCCCCCGCGGCCCGCCCACCCUCAUCACCGUGCCGCGGCACCGCCCCAGCCUGCCCCCCAGCGUGGCAGCAGCCCUGGCCGCAGUGAAGGGCUACGGGUCCUGGGCGCCCCAGGACGACCCGAGAGAGGAGCGUGAGGGGGACCCUGUCCCCGUGCCGGGACAGAGGAACAGGGGAAGGAGCAGUGACGGAGUUGAGGAGUUGAGGAGGAGGAUGGCGGAGGUAGGGGGUGAGGGCGAGGGUGGGCGGAGAGGUAGCCGCUCGCCCUCACCGUCCCGGCGGCGGGAGAUGUUUAUGGAACAUUGGAGGAGCUGGUUUGAGGAUAUGGCGACUGCGCCGCCUGCGUCGCACGGGCCCUCGCGGAUUCAGUCGUUCGAGCCGUCAAUGGCGGCGAAGGCGGCUGCGGAGGCAGUAGCAGCGGCAGCGGCGGCGGGGGGGGAGCGGCGGGGAGGCGGUCACGGGAGUGUCUUGGAGGGAAGCAGCUUUGGGGACUUCCCUUGCCUGGACUCGUUCGAGAUCAAGAGUCACAAGCUUGCAACAGCUGUACGGAGCCUUUCUGGCGGCUCGUCGAGUGGGGAUAGCGGAGGAGGCGGCGGAGGCAGUGCAGGUGGUGAACGGCCGCCACCGCAGCCAGCGGCGCCGUCCGGGAAUGCUGGCAUUAGCGUUGGCAAUGGUGGUGGUGUUGGUGGUGUCUUGGAGGAUGCUCAACGAGUGGCCGAUGCAGACCUGGUCACGACAGAGCCUACCCUUGCAGCAACGGUAACAGCAGAUGCGCCGCCGACGCCUGACGCGGGCGAUGAAGCGACCCGUGGGUCGCUCUCGUCACCGCGGUUAGGCCGAAGCGCGCGCCGGUCUGGACGGGUCCCCCAAGCCCAAGCCGGGCACAUGCUAGGCGGGCAGUCCCCUGGUGAUGCCAUGGCAGCCCUCAGUGGGGCGUACGAGUACGGCCGCGGCGGUGGCAGCGGCGGCGGCGGCGGUCGCAUGGAGGCUAUGGAUGUGGGGGCGGAUAUGACAGCGACGCCGCCACCGACCGCGGUUGCUUUCAUUACUGCUUCUGGGCCCUCAGCGACAACCGCUGCCCCUGAUGCUGCUGCCGCUGCCGUGGUUGCCGGCCCUGAGGCGGCUGGCGUGGCUGGCGUCAGAGGUCCGGUCCCCAUUGGACGCCCCCGUAGCUGGCCGUCCAACCUUGACGCCGCUUGUGACCGCACCACCACCGGCGAUUGCCCGCCCGCGUUCAGAGAAGCCGACAACAUGGCCUUUUCCAGCAACACAACGGUGGCGAGGGUUGCUGCUGCUGCGGCCAAUGCUGUGGCUGCUACUGUUACCGCUACCGCCGCUGCUGCCGCCCCAAUGGCAGCUGAGGAGGCGGUUGGCGCCUCUAGGUGGCCUUCCCCGAGACGCCCUCCUUUCCUAGGCAUCCUCCUGGGGUCUUCUUCCUUUGGGAAAGCCUCUCCUCAGUACUCAUCCCCUACCUCAACCGUACAUGCCGUACAGACGCCGCCGCAGCAGCAGCCAGCACAGCCGUCGCCGCCGCCGCCUGCGGCGGAUGGCUCUACCGUACAUGCAACCUCGGUAGCUGCUGCCAUGUCCGCCCUUGCCGUACCUGCAUCCUUCAUGCUGACAUGCAUGUCCAUUGCCUCCACCUGCAACUCCUCCUCCGCCGCGUCUUCAGCGCACUUCCUGAGGCUGCCAUACCCCGACGUCGCCGUGGACCGUACGGCAGCACCCCCCACCGAUCCAACCGCCGCCCACGCCGCCGCCACCGGCAGUAGCAGCUCCACUCCCCUUAACGCCAUUCUCCCGCCGCUGCCUCCCACUCUCUCCCUUCCGCUCCCUCACCUUCCUCCCCUGCCUCGCGGCUCCCUAGCACACGACCUCCACCCUCACCACCCCCACCCCCACCACCAGCAGCACCUUCAUCACAGGUACUACAACACGCACCGCGCCCGGCGAUCCACUUCAAUCGGAGCCGGUGAGGCCCGCCUCAACAGCCACCGUACCACAUCCGCUAUGACGUCAGCCCUGCUUCGCGCCCGGCAUCCCACCAGCGCCUCCUUGGGUCGCAGCACCAGCGGAGGCAGUCUGGGGAGCCUCGGACAUGGCGGCGGCGGUGGCGGUGCCGCCACCACCAGCAGCUCCCUCUGGCCCUACCCGCGAGGAGGAGGAGGAGGUGGUAGCCGUUACAGGGGCAGUAUCGGCGCAUCCACACGGUCCCAUGGGUCACAUGGGUCGGUGACGCUGGACGGCCAAGUCCCGGCGGCGCGUCCCACAGCAGGGCUGCUCCCGGCGGCUGCUAGUGGUGCAGCAGCUGCGAUGCGGUCUUCCGAGUCUUCCGCCGGCGGUGUCCCCACUUCCACACGCACAACCGUUACCUCCACCACUGCAGCUGCUGCUGCAGCAGCAGAAGACACAGCAGCGGCGGAAGCUGAAGCUGAGGCGGAAGCAGCAGCAGCAGUAGAUACGGGUGGGGAGCCUACCCUGCGGUCCAUGGGUUUGUGGCGCAGUCCUAGCGGUCUGCAGGGCACGCUGCGGGCGGCUGACCUGAGGAGCUAUGCCAACGCGUUCCAGAGGCCGUUGGGCGACCCUACCGGUGCAGGUGGUGGUGGUGGUGGUUUCGGGGCUGCUGAUUCGGGCGCUGCCAGCUGGGCGACCGACGGCAGCAUCAGCGCCAUGAUUCCGCGUGGUGACAGCAGCUCGCAGCUGCCCAGCAUGCCUACUUUUACGCCGUCGCCGCUGGCGGCGGCCAUCUUUCCCACGGCUGUCGAACACGGCUGUGUUGACCAGGCAGGCAGUGAUGAGUUGGGGGCUGCUGCUGCAGGGGUCGCUGCAGCUGUGACACCUCUCAGCGGCAGGACAGAGCCGCGGGAAGGAGCUGCUGCUGCUGCUGCAGGUGCUUAUCGUCUGGGAGCAACAGAGGGGGGAGCGGAGGCUGUUGGGCCUGAUGAGGCGCUGCUUAUGAUACCAUCAUCUCGCCCCCUGCCUAUCCCGGUUCCGCCAACUGCUGCUGCGGCUGCUGCGGGGGGAGGUGUGAGAGGAGUUGCUGAGCUAUUGCCUCCAGCUCUAGCCGGCUUUGGUGGUGGAGCGGCAGGCGGUGUUAUGGUUCCGGGCUGGCGGGGGCUAGGCAUGCUUGGGCUGGCCCGCUCCCAUCCAUUGGUGUUUGGACCGGAAUCGGGUAGCUAUGGUGAGGAGGAGGAGGAGGAGGGGGAGGAAGGGAGCGAAGGCGAGAUGAAGGAUGGGGAUGCGGAGGAGGAGGAUACGUGGCUACCUCUUUCACCCAUGCGCCUCAACGGCCCCGGCGGUGUAGUUUCUGGCAGAGCGGCAGCAGCAGUUUUUGGUGCAGCUGUUCGCGCUGUUGGUGCUGUUGAUAGCGAUGUUUCCGCAAUGGAGGCAGCAGCUCCAUCCACGCCUGCCCACCAGCGCAUCACCGGGACAGCUACCUGCGAUCCGGGCUCGCAGACCCCAAGCCAAGACUCCUCCUUUGCAUUCGCGGUUACGCAUGGCUCCGCCUCCGCCGCCUCCACGCCAGCCGGGUUCCGAGGUGGGGGGGGUGCGGCAGCAACCGCUUCCAGCGGUACGCCUGGGAGCGCGGAAGACACGGCCCGGUCAGCCGCCGCUACAACUGCCACAUCCAUCGCUACCACCACCCCUGCCACCACCCCAACCUCCGCCGGGGACGCAAGCGGUGUGGGGGCCCCGGCUGCGACACCGCGCAUGGUUAGCGUUGCUAGCCCCUUCACCUCGCCAACCAAGUCAUCGUCGUCGUCCCAGAUGUCCUCAUCAUCCGCCCCACGACGUUCGAUACCGCGACCGCCGGCGCUAUUGUCUAUAUCGACGUCACAGCAGCAGCACCAACCACAACAGCAGCAGCAGCAAGAGCAACAGCGGGGGGCAGCUGCAGCGAAUGUCAGGACAGCAGCAGCAGCUGCAGCAGCGGAUGCAACAUCCUCAUCCCCGGAAAAGACGGGAACUGGGGCGUAUGAACCGGGCUCUUUUGCGCGAAGCAGCUUCGCCUUCCCUAUUGAGCCCAUCGCACCCACCAUCACCACCACCGCCGCCCCACAAAUCUCCGCUGGCGCAGCCGGAUCAGUUGCGGCGGCGUUUGGCCGCACCACCCACACCUCUUCGGGACCCAACUCCAACAGUAGCGGCCCGAAUAGCAGCCCUAGCGGCAACCCUAGCAGCAGCGCCCGUAAUGCACAAGGCAGCCGGAUCCCCACCGGGAGAGCUCCUGCAGGCCAGAUCCAGUCCGUUACCGUACGUUCGCGAGCCAUAUCACAACAGGAGCAGCAGCAACAACAGGAGCAGCAGCAACACCAGGCGGGACGUGGCAAAAGCAAGAUCCCAUCUCUACUUGCCGCCGCCGCGGUUGCCCCUACCACUACCACCGCCGCUGCUGCUGUUGCUUCUCCCUCCGCUUCACCAAGUGCAGGAGGCGCAACGGCGGGGUUUUCAGCAGCAGCCGCAGCGGCAACCGGUGGCGCUGCAUCAUCUAGAAUGGUAGUGGCGAGGAUGGCUGGUGGUGGCGCCACCGCCGCUGCCAUCGGUACCUCCUCCUCCGCUUCGUCGCCUCGCUCUCCCCAGGAAGCCAAGAGGGCGCCCCCACCCCCCACAAAGCACCCGCUGCAAUCCUUCUCCCCCUCCACCGCGGCCUCACGCCCGAGGGCGCACUCCGACGCAUCCAUCCUGCGCGGUAGCGGCCCUGCCGCCGCCGCCGCCGCGGCCCCUGCCAGCGGCCGCCCUCUCCAGUCCCGACCUCGAAACUCAAUUGAAGUGGGAGUUGUAAGCCGCGCCAGCACCACCACCCUGGUCACCGGCGGCGGCAGUAGCACCGCCGCUGCCGCCGCCGCUACUGCCGCCGCCGCUGCUGCGCACACGGCGGAGGGUGAGUCUGACGGCAGCAGCGAGGACCCCUUUAGCAUGCCCCCGCUGCCGCCCCCGCAGCAGCAGCAGCAGCAGCAGCAGCACCGCUCUACCCCAAGCAGCUGGCUGCCCAUGGCACCCUUUGCUGAGCUAGGGCAGUUGCAAGCGCAGCGGAAGGCGGCACGGGCGGGCGGGGCAGCGGCGGCGGCAGCGGCGCCGACGCAAUCAGCGGCCAGCAGGGGGAGACAGGGGGCAACAGGGGACAGCAUCAGACAGCAGGGUACGGCAGCGGGUGGCAGCGGUGGCAAGGGGCUGCUAGGAAGCGCGGGACCUGUAUCGGAAUCUGCAUGGCAGGCUGAUGGGGAGGGGUUGACGGAGGCGACGGCGGCAACGGCGGCGGCACCGCCAUCUCCAUUCUGGUACGGCAGUUGCCGUAUGUUGCCAUAUGUUGUGGUUGGCGAGCGUGGGGAGGAUGGGGGCCUGUGGUGGCAGCACGCUGCUGCUGCUGCUGCUGCUGCUGAUACAGCGGCGCCGGCGCAACGUGGAAGCGGCUGCGGUGGCUGCGCUCACGCCAGCGGCGCCAGAGCGGACGCAACAGGAGGAGCAGGACCUGCAGCAGCAGCAGCUGGGUUGUGGGUCCGCCGCAAGUCGCCUUUGUCAUCGCCGCCUCCGACACCCUUCCAUGAUGCGUACGACAUUGCAUCCGACAUCGCUGCGGAGGGGAUUCAGUUCGUCGCCAGUACGGCAAGUGGGACAGGUGGAAGGGCCAGAGGCUGCUGCCGUUGCCGCCGAGGAAGCGAGCGGCAUGUCGUCAUCCGACUCCGGCUCGCAGGUCCCACCCUUGCCGCUGCUUCAGCCGCAGCAGCUGCGGAGAUGGUGGGGAGGAGGCAACCCGCUAGGGGGAUCAUCGGAGUACGGAAGCGGUGGUGGUGGCGGUGGUGGUGGUUGUGACGGAGGCGGCGCCUCCGCCGGUCCAGUGGCGGAAGCUAUGGUGGCCUCGACGGCGGAGGCUGGCGGCACGUACAAACGAUCCACAUCCCAGAACCCCUCCCUUGGACGGAAAGCCUCCGGCCCCGGCGGCCGCUCCCCCUCCGGGCGCCUCCUGUCGGACCUCGAGGACCCCGUCUACCUGGAGCACAGCUCGCUGUGGCUGCUGCGGCCGCACCACCCGCUGAGGAGGGGGCUGCAGGCGGUGGUGACACACAAGCUGUUCGAGAGCUGCGUGAUGGCUAUGAUUCUCGCCUCCUGCCUCAUCCUGACCAUGGACAGUCCCCAGCUGCCGCCCUCCUCCCGCAUGGCCCGGGCGACACGGGUGAUCGAGUGGAGUGUGGUCUUGUUCUUCCUGGCGGAAAUGAGCCUGAAGCUGGUGCUGAAGGGUGUCAUCCGCCACCCCCGCGCCUACUGGCGCACCCCCUGGGACUCCUUGGACGGCAUCAUCGCACUCACCUCCCUCGCCGCACUGCUGUCCCCCUCCGUCUCCUUCCUGCGUGCACUGCGGCUGCUGCGGGUGCUGCGGCCGCUGCGGGUGAUCAGUCACAUCCGCGGCAUGCGGCUGGUGGUGGAGACACUGCUGCGCUCGCUGCCGGCGGUGGUGCAUGUGGCGGUGUUUGGGGGUUUCAUUUUUGCCAUCUUUGCCAUCCUGGGCACGCAGCUCUUCAUGGGUCGCCUGGACCGCUGCAACCAGGCCACACUGCCGGAUGAUGGCACUGCUGCUGCUGCCGGGGCCGUGCCGCUGCCCCUAGAGACCAAGGAGCAGUGUAUCCCCGGCUCCUUCAUCUGCACCGAGUCUGAUCUGUGCGAUAACGUGGGGGAUGCCGCUGAGAGGGCGUGGGUGACUCCCUUUCGCAACUUUGACCACGUGGGGCGGUCGCUGCUGACGCUGUUCAUCCUGUCGACCCAGGACGGAUACAUGGACACGCUGCAGGCGUUGAUAGACGCGGUGGGGGAGGGCAAGCAGCCCCGCCCCAACCACAACCCCUGGGCCGGGCUCUACGUCAUCGCGUUUGUGUUCAUGGGCGCGUUCUUCUGGAUUAACCUGCUGGUGUCGGUCAUCAUCGACUACUACAGCCAGCUGAUGCUGGAGGAGGGCGGGCUGCUGCAGUCGCGGGAGACGCGCGAGUGGAUGAAGCUGCUGCAGUUCAGCGCCAGCCCGCAGCGGGACUACUGGAGGAGGGUGCCGAGGCCCGAGCACCCCGUUAGGGCGAGGUGCUACGAUCUCGCCUCUUCGCCCUACUUCGACAACACAAUCAUGGGCGUCAUUUUGGCGAAUGUGCUGGUCAUGGCCCUCCCCCACGAGGGCUCCAGCGCACGCUUUGACGACGUGCUGUCGUACCUCAACGCCGCCUUCACGCUGGUGUUCAUUUGGGAGGCGGGGGUCAAGUGCAGCGCCAUGGGCCCCCGGAGGUACAAACAGGACCACUGGAACAAGCUGGACCUGUUCAUCAUCGUCAGCUCGCUGCCCGAUCUGGUGUCGCUGGUGGUGCCGCUGGGGGCGGGCAGCGGCGUGGCAACGGCGUUCCGGAUACUGAGGAUUGGCCGCAUGUUUAAACUCAUCAAGAACGCCCGCGGCCUGCGCACCCUCUUCAACACACUCAUCUCCUCCCUGCCCGCAAUCACCAACGUGGGCAGCUUGCUCUUCCUGCUCAUGUUCAUUUACGCGGUGCUGGGAAUGAACUUGUUUGGAGUGGAAGGGGGCCCCUUUGAGGGCGCCUCCUCCACGGAUACCAACUUUGAUGACUUUGGGUCGUCUCUCAUAGCGCUGUUCCAGGUGUUCACGAGCGACGGCUGGAGCGGCGUGAUGGCCCAGGCGGCUGGGUGCGACUCAAAUGAGUUCGGCUGCAAGACCGGCGGACAGGCGGUGGUAGCGUGCCUGUUCUUUUGCAGCUUUGUCAUCCUGGCAAACUUCAUCAUGCUCAAUCUGGUCAUCGCGGUCAUCCUGGAUAACUUCAUUUCGUCGGCGCAGAAAGAAGGCCUGCUCAAGAACUCGCGCUUCACAGACGUCAUGAGCACCGUCAUUUCGCUGCGUGUGUUUGUGCGUAUGCUGCGACGGAAGAUCGAGACGGUGAAGGCGGUGGAGGAGCUCAAAGAGGCGGCGGCGCAGGCGGCGGCGAGCGGGGAGCGGGGGGCCAAGAGGGCGGUGGCGAGGACUCGCAAGAAGAGCCUGCUGCUCGCCUCCCUCGCCAUGCCCUCCUCCGUCCUCAAGGCAGCAGGCGACUACUCCACCGCAGGCGGCCUGAGCAUCCCUGGCUUCGGAGCCGAGGACAUGGUCAUUCGCGCGCUCUCGAUGCACCAACAGCGCUCCAGCCACCAGAGCCACCGAGGCAGUGGGCGCGCCGCGCGAGGCGACGGUGGACACCACCCGCACGACAUCCGAGAAGCGACCUCGCACCACAGCUUCUUCGGAAUUGUGGGUUUCGGAGGCUUCGGAGGGAGUUUCGGUGGGGGAGCUGCUGGGAGGAGAGCCAGCUUUAACUUUGGAGGCGGCGGAGGUGUAGCAGGAGGAGGAGGAGGAAUGAGCGGCAACGGCGCCGCUAGCGGCGGUCUGGCGCUCGGCCUCGCAGCGCUUCGCCGUACGUUUAACCGCCAGGUUAGUAGCGAGAGCGCAGGGGAGAGAGGCAGUGCCGCCGCCGCCGCUGCGGCGGCGGCGGCCGCCAGCGGUGUCAGCAUGAGCGGUCCGCUGUUCCGCGGCGCAGCUGCCUCGGCGGUGAACAACAGAGCCGCAGCCGUCGCCUCUGCCGGCGCAGCAGCCGGUGAGACGGGCGGGAUGGUGACGUCAUCCGCACGUCCCUCACCCAACAACCUGAUCCUGGUGAGUGGUGGCGGCGGCAGCGCAGUGGAAUACCUGCGGUCGCGAACCGGCUCCUUUCGCAGCUUGCGUAGCGGCCUGCCCACCAGCCUCAACGGUGGGCAGGAGGGAGGCGGCAUGGCGGCUACGCUUUCCGGCGGGGUGGUCGUGGGCAGUGCGGAUGAGGGGGACUCGGCGACGGGUCUGGGGACGGUGAUGACGACGGGAGGGGCGGCGGCAGCAGGGUCGGGGGUGCUCAGCGGCAGCACGGGUCGAGUUCGUUUUGUGACCACGGGGGGUGAGGAUCACAACAACACGGGGGGUGAGGAGGUGGAGGAGGAGGAGCGGCGGUCGGGUACGGACGCGGGCGGGGUGAGUAUUGGAUCGCGCAUGUUGUCGGGUCUGGGCAGUCGCGGAGCGCCGGUGCGGAUGGCCAGUCGGAGCUACAGCCAGAGUCGGCUGUCUCGCUAGGGGUGGCGUGUGGGGAGCUGCCUCCCUAGGUGUGGCGGCUGUCACGGGGGGAUGGUAAUGGCCGCAGGGAAGGGGUUGGCUGCUUGGUAAGUGGAGCGCCCCUGGGAUAAGACGUUUAUCUAUGGAAACAAAGGAGAGCUGCUUGUGCACUGGGGGAUAGGGAGCGGCUGCAAUGUUACUACUACGGUACUACGGAAUUAUGGCGCUAUAAAUAGUUUCGUAUCGUUUUCAUCAUGCAAGCUUUCAUACAGGGCGAUGUGGAGCAAACACCUGCUGCUCGUGUGCCGCACGGGCUAUAAAGCAAUGGAGCUGUGAAGAAACACCCAUGGUCCCCUGCAGAGUGUUUGGGCCAGUGUCCAACACGCUGGGUAGAUUCGGCGGUUAGUACGACAGUCAUAACCCCCAUCCGUACGAACGUGAGAACUACUAGUGAGGAGUAACGUUUAUUGCUUUCAUAUUUCAUGCUUAUAUCAAUGCCCCCUCAAAUGUGACCAACGCAUGCGUUGCGCCGUUGCGUUUGUUGGUUACGUGGAUUUUGGUGAUUGCUGCCCUUGUUUUGCGUUCUAGAAACCGAUUAUUGAGGUAAGACCCACCAUCCUGUGCUCGUGCUUUGGGUGGAGUGAAGGAAUUCAAGCUGGGCGUUGGGAUGUGGCCUUACCUUCGUUCCGGUUGUCCUUGAUGUGGCGGGUAUUAUUGUGACAUGGAGGUGUUUGCUUAAACGUCGUGCGCAUGUCAAUGGCCCUUGUAGUGCCGUUGAUCAGGGUAUGCAGCCGGGGGUGCUGACUCGCACUUUUGUACCCUCAUGCACUCUGUACGUACGAAUUCUUUAGUAUUCGUACGUUGCCUUUGAAAGCAAAGUUCUUGUUGUGAGUCAUCCGAUGGCAAUGCUAUUAAUGUUAGUAUUGUCGUUACUCGUGGGCCCUUUGAUGCUAUGUGGCAACGCGGCAUGGCUGGCUGGUCUACGACCUUUAUGCCUGUGGUGUACGUCUUGACCGACUGGCGGGGAUGAUGAUGGACGCUACAGGUGAUGCGACGGCGGGUUGCGACGUUUCAGCAUGGUUUCGGAUGGAUCACUAUAUAUCUUUUUAUCAGAGAGCAUGUCCGAGAGCUGAAAGUACGCGUCCCAUAACGUCAAGUCCUAUAGCUAUGAGGACCAUAUCAUGCGGCAAUAUCAUUUCAACGUAAAAUACGUAAUAAUGCCCUUGAUGACGAUGAUGAUGUUGAGGUCCUGAUGAGGUCCCAAUGCCGUACAUGUUAAUGUCUUGGUGCCCAGUACACAGGGUGAUGCCAUGAUGAUGUAUGGGACGUACACGUCUUGACAUGUGAGGCUGCUUUCGAGUAAUAAAUGGAUGGUUGGAGAAGAAGUUGACGUGCAGUGUGCAGUAUGUUUUGCCCCGCCCUGAGUCAUCAAGGAACCAACCACUAGUUGGGUAUCAAGUUAUGACUGGGUGUGUGACUGCAGUCGACUGCUCCGGUGUGCGUGUGUAGGGUCCCGGCGGACAAGCAUAUGUCGCGUCUCUCUCUCUUCCGUCCAGCGGAUUCUUCGCCUGUUCCAGCCUUUUACAGAGCUUGUAGAGCAGUUCAUGAACCGUCAACAUCCGCGGUUUGUGUCUACUGCGGAGACGAUUGCACUGUUCAUUGUUUUGGUCCAUAAGUGUUUCUUUGCAAGAGUGUAUGGCAACGGCCGACCCCUGCCUGUUUUCCUAUCCCCGUGGCUUGUGUCAUGUUUGUGUACUUGUGUGUUUUGGUUCGUGACGGACCUGGAGUGGGGAAGGUGGUGGUGGUGGUGACGUGCGGAUGUGAUUGUGGCUGUGGACGACAUGUAUUGGAGAAGGUUCGGGGGUUCGGGGUUUAAGGACCGUUCGUGACCUCUUUGACUUCUGAAACUUUCAUCUUCAGCAUCUUCGUUGUCACAGACGCGCAUCACUCGCGCACGAAAGCCAGUAGCGACCGGUUUGGGAUGUCAUCCUAAACUAAGUAGCGACCGGUUUGGGAUGUCAUCCCAAACUAAGUGCUUACAGUCGCGGUCCUCUUCUUCCCUUUCCACAUUGGACUAUUGCUGAGCAUUGCGACAUUUGUGUGUGUGAUAGUUGGUGCUUGUUGUGAGACGCGUACGACGUGCACUUGUUCUACUUGCCGUACAUUUGUGUUCGUACACGCAAGCGGAGGGCCGUACGUACACUUGGCAAUUGGCAAACACUUAGCGCCCAUUGGUGAUUGCUGUUAGUGAUUUCUGUUUGCAUUUUGGACGCUUGGUCAUUGUGCUGGUAUGUGGACAAUAACUUGGUGAUGGGUGGGUUGGUGGGUGAGAACAAGGGGCGCAGUUAGGGGGGCAUGCAAUAUCCCUGGCCACCGUGACUGCCGUGGCAGUACGGAAGUGGUCAUACCCUCCCCCUCCUCCCCCCAUGUGUAUGACAUGCAUGUGCAAUGCAGUUGCUACGAACAAGGGGGGGCGAUGCUGAUAGAAGCAAGCGUUGAGGUGUACCGGUAAUGGGGUGUGUAAUGUAUGCAUCCCAUGCACCGCUGGAAGCCCAAUGGCCCCACCCACCCACUCGGGACCGAUACCGGUAGCUGCCCUGCAGCUUGUAAUGUCGUUGCCAUGAUGUUUCAGCAGUGCUCACCUCUUGCUGCCUGAAGGGAGUGAGGUCACGCACUGGUGUGACUUGGAUGAGCUUUUGGGGAGGCUGGCCGCGCAGCCAAGCAAGGAAGGAGGUAGCAUGGGAGGCAAUCGGACGUGUGGCCGUAUGCCGGGGGGAGGUGGCAGAAGGGGGUGGCGGAUGGAGGAGCGCUGGCAGUAGGGCGACAGGCCUCUGCAGGCAGUUUGCAUGUGUGUAUAUACCAGUGCAACGACCUUCUUUCACACACUGUUUGACACUUUGCUGGCUGGCAAUAUGGAGGCCGAUGCAAAGCAUGACACAUAGCACAAACUGGCGACCAUGAGAGAUUGUAUUU